UAUAGUGUGUCGGUCACUGUGCAAUGGCCAUUUUGACCGUUCUGCCGCUGGUCUUGGUGAUGCUGCUGCUUCCGUUGGCUGCAAUUGCAUCCGGCGACCCACCAUGGCAGCACUACUGCGGAAGCAGCGGCAACUACACGGCCGGGAGCAAAUACCAGGCCAACCUGCAGGCCCUCGCCGCGACCCUCCCGUCGACCGCGUCGUCUUCCUCCCCCGCACUCUUCGCCAAGGACGCCGCCGGCGGCGGCGACGCCGAGCCCGACAGGGUGUUCGCCCUGACCCUCUGCAGAGGCGACACCGCCUCCGCCAACGCCUCGUCGUCGUCGUGCGCCGACUGCGCCUCCCGCGCCUUCCGCGACGCGCAGAGCGUGUGCCCCUACAGCAAGGAGGUGGCCGUCUACUACGACCCCUGCCUCCUCUACUUCUCCGGCGACGACUUCCUCUCCUCUCCGGCCAACCCGGCCCAGGUGAGGCUCUACGACGUCGAUCGCUCCACCCGGCGUGGCGGCGGCGGCGCCGACUUCGUCACCCUCGUGAGGGCGCUCCUGAGCUACACGAUGCAGUGGGCCGUGCCGUACAAUUCCACGGGCGGCGGGGCCGCCGCCGUGAGGUGGUACACCACGGUGCGGAUGGACGUCGUCACGCCGCCGCUGUUCUCGCUGAUGCAGUGCACGCCGGACAUGUCCGGCGGCGACUGCCGGCAGUGCCUGCAGGACCUCGUCGGCAACACCACCUUCAACGGCUCGGUCUCCGGCGUGCGCAACAUCGGCGCCCGUUGCGGUUACAGGUACGACACGUACAAGUUCUACGGCGGGGAGCCCAAGCUGAAGAUCGGGUCACUGUCGGAGAUCAACUCAACGGCGCCAUCGAGCCCACCGCCGCCUCCGCCGGUGACGGAGACACGUUCCGGGAGAAAGAAGGUGUUGACAGUUGCUUUGCUUGUGCCACUGAUAGCACUUUGCCCUGUCGUCAUAUUCUGUUUUGCAUGGAUAAGGAGAUUAAGAAACCACAAAUCAAUGUUGCGAAAAAAGGAUACAAUGGCCAGAGAAGAAGUAUUAAAGCUUUGGAGACUAGAAGAAAGCGAUUCAGAGUUUAUGCUAUUUGAUUUCUCUCAGAUAGAAGAUGCUACUAGCAACUUCUCGGAAGAUAAGAAACUUGGAGAAGGAGGUUUUGGCUCCGUAUACAAGGGCCAAUUGCCCAAUGGGCUUGAGGUAGCAGUUAAGCGACUUGCUGCACAUUCAAGUCAAGGCCUGGUUGAGUUCAAAAAUGAAAUUCAACUUAUUGCAAAGCUACAACAUACCAAUUUAGUAAACCUUCGAGGAUGUUGCAUUCAAGGAGAAGAGAACUUACUAAUAUAUGAAUACAUGCCAAACAAGAGUUUAGACUUCUUCAUCUUUGAUCUGAAAAGAGCAGCAUUGCUCAACUGGAAAACACGCCUGAACAUAAUAGAAGGAAUAACACAAGGGCUUUUGUAUCUCCACAAACACUCCCGGUUAUGCAUCAUACAUAGAGACUUAAAAGCAAGCAAUAUUCUACUAGACCGUGACAUGAAUCCUAAAAUCUCUGACUUUGGGUUAGCUAAGAUAUUUGACUCAAAUGAUGUCCAAAGAAAUACAAAAAGGGUGGUGGGCACUUAUGGGUAUAUGGCUCCUGAGUAUGCAUCUGAGGGUUGCUUCUCGCUGAAAUCGGAUGUCUUUAGCUUUGGAGUUCUGGUUCUUGAGAUUAUUAGUGGGAAAAGAAACGCUGGGUUUCACCAAUAUGGGGACUUCUUCAACCUCCUUGGCUAUGCAUGGCAGCUAUGGAAGGAUGGAAGUUGGCAUGAACUUGUAGAUCCAUCAUUAGUAAGUGAAGGUCAAAUGAUGGAAAUAAAGAAAUGUAUGAAAGUUGCACUUUUAUGUGUUCAAGAGAAUGCGGUUGAUCGUCCCACCAUGUCCGCAGUUGUUAAGAUGCUUUCAAGCGAGUUGAAAAUUCUACCUGAGCCCAAACAACCAGCAUUCUUUAAUGUAAGGGUGAAACAUGGAGAGCUGUCUAAUACUGCACCUAGUAGCAUAAACGAUGUAACCAUAACAAUUGUGAACGGCAGGUAAUGCCAAUAUAUAUAGGGACUUUAAUUAAAAUGGUAAAAACCCACAGGACUAUAUACCUUGUACAGAAUGUAAUUAUUAAACUGCAGUUAUGUUACGUAGUUCUGUAACAUUAUUGGAACGGCAGAUAUAUAUAGUUGAAUUACUUUUGACGAAGUGUACAAUUCAAAUUAAAUAAUACAGUUUUUCCUUGUCCUAA